UAAUAUUUUUUUAACCUUUUCUGUUGAUUUAAAUAUUUGAUUUCUGAUUAAUUACAAUUAACCAAUGAAUUAUGAAUAAACCAAUUAACCAAUGAAUACAAUUAAAAUGAAUUAUGUGCUAUGGGAUUUUCAAGUACAGUAAAUACAUGCUAAGCCUCUUAUUUAACAGGGAGAGUACAGAAAGUAAAAUUGUUAAUUAUGAUGUUCCACAGGGUAGUGUACAGGCCCUCUUUUGUUUUUAUUAUAAAUAAAUGAUAUUCAGGCUGUAUGUGAGUGUAAAAUCUUAUUAUAUGCUGAUGAUUCUGCUCUAUUAGUUUCAGAUGAGGAGACUAGUAAAAUUCAGGAGAACUUAGGUCUGAAAAUAAGUUUUAAUAGAUCUUGGCAAAACUAAAUCUAUUAUUUUUGGGUCUAAAUUUAAAUUACAAAAUGUAGACAAGUUGGCAGUCAAGGUUGAUGAUUAUGUAUUAUCAAAUAGAGCAUCAAUCAAUUAUCUCGGUUGUGUUCAGGAUAAUAAUUUAAGUGGAGAAAUUAUGGCAUGAAAAGUUUAGGCAAAGAUAAUGCUAGGAUUACAUUUGUGCUUUUCACAGUCCUAGUACAAUGACAUUUUGAGUAAGGCUUCAUUGUUUUACAUAUGUGGAUAAUAGCCAUAUUAGGCAGCUCGAAUGGUUACCAAUUGAAAGAAGAGCAGCAUUCCUGAAAUUAAAAAUGGUACAUAAAAUAAUUAAUAAUAGAGCCCCAGUACAUUUUUCACAGGUUAAUUUAAGACAUGGAUUUUGUACUAGAAAGAGUAAUGGAUCUUAAUCUAUGUGAGAGGUCAUUUGCAUACAAGUGUACAGAAUUGGAAUAAGUUGCAAUUGGACAUUUAGGUUUUAACGAAUACUGUCAGUUCUAGUACAAGAGAGAAGAGACUGUUUUUAGAUAAUCUUAAUAGAACUGAUUUGCAUUGUGGUUCUGUGUGUAUAAUUGUGAGGUAUUUUAUUUUGUAUGAAUUGGUUGUAUGGGUACUUGUGUAGAUAUAUGCCAACAAAACCAUAGUCAUGAGAAUGAUUUUCUAAAAUCAAGGACCACAAUGGAAAUAAGUUAAUGCAACUUUAUUGUGUCAUCCUUGACAAAUGUAUUGCUACUUUUUAUGUGUUGCUACUUUAUUAUGUUUAUCUGUGACUUGUUUCUUUAUUCUUUUGACACAUAGAGAACAGUGUGACUGACAGAGAGUGAACAUCUUUACAUGCAUGUUCAUAGAUUUGUCAGCUUUGGUUGAAAACCAGAGGCAUCAACAUGCUUAUUUAUGGGGUAUUGUGUUGUUAGUUUUUUUUUUUUUUUAGCAAAUGUUUCAAGCUUAAGAUGUCCUGCCAGGCUAAAAUAAUAAGUGUUCCCUGCUGCCGCAGAGUAUAUAAAACAAUGAAUUCUGCUGCUAGAUCACAAAUCCCAGACAUGUGAAUGUUCACAACCAAGCAGAGCUAUUAUGUCUUCACAGAAUGUAAAGGAUGAAAAUAAUUAGUAGACCCCAGGAUAUCAAAAAAGGAUUUAUUGCUUUUAUUUCUUAUUAGCUCUUUAAAAACUUGACAAAAUUAACUUAUUGAAAAAAAAAAGGAUUGUACAAAAUUAUUCUUGUUUGUACAAUAAAAUGUUCUUGAGAGAAAAAACAAACAAACAUUUUAUUAGCUCUUCGAUAUACCCAAUGUUCUCUUCCUGUCAAUAAGAGGUACAGUACAUCAAAGCAGGAAAAAAAAUGUAAAUGUGAAAGUCUUAAUUUCUCCUUUCGCUUUUGGAAAAUGUUUUAAUAUACAAAUACAUUGGUUUGAAGAUAGUUGUGACUUGCUCUAGCUUUUAGAGUUACUACAAUCACAAACUUGAGAAAAGCACGUAACUUUUGUUCAAGGGACCACCCAUGAAGUUGCUGCUCUGUAAAUCCCAGGAAAAUGGAAAGUGUCUGCUGAAAGACAGCUAAUAAGUUCUUAGAAAAGGUAGGACAUAGAAUAAUUAGAGUACAUUUACAGUUGUAAAGUGCCUUUCAAAUCCCUUCAUUUUAAAGCCACAACACCUUUGCUAUAUAAUUAAUGGCUUCUGCCUGAAUUGCAAAGUGUUCAUUAGAAUAGCCCUAGAGCAAAGUCACUGUAGUCUUUUUUCGGAUGUUGUUGCUGGCAUGUGGUUCCUUUUCAGCAUCUCCCCACAUCCUGACUGGCCUGUAUGGGAGCGAAUCCAUUAAAAGUCAGCGUUGAGACUGGCAUACAAGUUGCAGCUGUGACUUCAGAGAGCUAUUGUGACUUUAACCUUACAACCCCCAGAUUUAGUUUCUGGGGACCUGUUCACAGCUACAUUAAGCUGGGCUGAAUGCUUCUCAUGCUGCAUUUCUGGGCGACAUUGCCUUAGAUGAAGAGGACUUGCGCUUUCUUAAAGCCAACUAUAUGGAUGCUACAGAGAAUGACUCUUCUAACAUCUCUAUACCUGAUUCAGCAAACAGAUCCUCAGGUAAUGUCAAUGCAAAGGAUGACCCAGUUUUGGCCAAACAAAGCCUCCUACGAAGACGGAGAGCAGCCACAGCCAGACCUGAGAGAGUUUGGCCGGAUGGCAUAAUACCUUAUAUUAUUAGUAGCAACUUCAGUGGCAGCCAGCGAGCCAUUUUCAAGCAAGCCAUGCGCCACUGGGAGAAACACACUUGCGUGACCUUUAUGGAAAGAAGCACAGAGGAGAGCUACAUCGUCUUUACCAUCCGGCCAUGUGGGUGCUGCUCAUUUGUCGGGCGGAGAGGUGGAGGUCCCCAGGCUAUAUCUAUCGGGAAGAACUGUGACAAGUUUGGCAUCGUGGUGCAUGAACUCGGACACGUCAUUGGAUUCUGGCACGAGCACACACGACCCGACCGGGACGAGCAUGUUGAUAUAUUUAGAGAAAACAUCCAGCCAGGUCAGGAGUACAAUUUCAUAAAGAUGGAGCCAGAUGAUGUGGAUUCGCUCGGGGAGGUUUAUGACUUUGACAGUAUCAUGCAUUAUGCCAGAAACACCUUUUCCAGGGGCAUCUAUCUUGAUACCAUGCUGCCAAAGUAUGAAGUUGAUGGAGUCCGACCUCCCAUUGGCCAGCGGACAAGACUGAGCAAAGGGGACAUCGCUCAAGCUAGAAAAUUAUAUAAGUGUCCAAGAUGUGGCGAGAGCCUUCAAGACAGCACUGGAAACUUCUCCUCCCCUGGGUUCCCCAAUGGAUAUGCUGCAUAUCUUCACUGUAUAUGGAGGAUUUCGGUCACGCCUGGGGAGAAGAUCAUUCUUAAUUUUACUUCAAUGGAUCUGUACAGAAGUCACUUGUGCUGGUACGAUCAUGUGGAGAUCCGUGAUGGAUACUGGAGAAAUGCACCUUUGAAAGGCCGUUUUUGUGGAGGCCAGCUACCCGAGGCCAUCGUGUCCACUGACAGUCGACUGUGGAUUGAAUUUCGCAGCAGCAGUAAUUGGGUGGGAAAAGGCUUCUCUGCUGUCUAUGAAGCUAUUUGUGGAGGUGAGGUGAGAAGAGACAGUGGACAGAUUGAGUCACCCAAUUACCCUGAUGAUUAUCGGCCUAAUAAAGUGUGCAUGUGGAAGAUCAUCGUACCCCAGGGGUUUCAUGUGGGCCUCAUCUUCCAGUCAUUUGAGAUUGAGAAACAUGACAACUGUGCGUAUGACUACCUGGAACUGCGAGAUGGCGAUUCUGAGAACAGCCCUUUACUGGGCCGCUUCUGUGGCUACGAAAAGCCAGACGAUAUCAAGAGCAGCUCCAACCAGCUGUGGAUGAAGUUUGUAUCUGAUGGUUCUGUGAACAAAGCUGGGUUUGCAGCUAAUUUCUUUAAAGAGAUUGACGAAUGCUCCAGGCCUGAUAAGGGUCACUGUGAGCAGCGCUGUGUCAACACCCUGGGCAGUUACCACUGUGCCUGUGACCCUGGCUAUGAGCUCGCCCCGGACCGCCGCAGCUGCGCAGCAGCUGCCUGUGGUGGAUUAAUCUCCAAACUCAAUGGCUCUUUCACUAGUCCAGGAUGGCCACAGGAAUACCCACCCAACAAGAACUGUGUGUGGCAGCUCAUUGCCCCGGUGCAGUACCGCAUCACUCUGCUUUUCGAUGCUUUUGAGAUAGAAGGGAACGAUGUUUGUAAAUAUGAUUACGUUGAGGUACACAGUGGCUUGUCCACUGACGCAAAGCUUCAUGGGAAAUUUUGUGGCACUGAGAAACCAGAGGCAAUCACAUCCCAACUUAAUAGUAUGCGUGUUGAGUUCAAAUCUGACAACACUGUAUCUAAGAGAGGCUUCAAAGCUCAGUUCUUUUCUGACAUGGAUGAAUGUUCUAGGGAGAAUGGAGGUUGCCAGCAUGAGUGUGUGAACACAUAUGGGAGCUACAGCUGUCAGUGUCGCAGUGGCUUUGUGUUGCACAGCAAUAAACACGACUGCAAAGAAGUUGGCUGUGAUCAGGCCAUUACCAGUGUUUCUGGUACUAUUACAAGUCCAAACUGGCCGGAUAAAUACCCCAGCAAGAAGGCCUGCACAUGGACCCUAUCCACCACCCCAGGCCACCGCAUUAAACUGGCUAUUGACGAGAUUGACAUGGAGGCUCAUCAGGAGUGUGCUUAUGACCACUUGGAGAUAUAUGAUGGCCCAAAUGGCAGAGCCACCAGUUUUGGACGCUUUUGUGGGAGUAAAAAGCCAUCACCUGUCAUUUCCAGUGGCAACAGCAUGUUCCUGCGGUUCUUUUCUGAUAACUCAGUACAGAAGAGGGGUUUUAAGGCCUCUCAUUCAGCAGAGUGUGGCGGUAGCCUGAAAGCGGAGAUAAAGACCAAGGAUCUGUAUUCCCAUGCUCAGUUUGGUGACAACAACUAUCCCGGAGCUUCAGACUGCCAGUGGGUGAUCUCAGCAGAAAAGGGCUAUGGGGUGGAGCUCAUCUUCCACACCUUUGAGAUUGAGGAGGAAGCUGACUGCGGCUAUGAUUACGUAGAGCUGUUUGAUGGCGCUGAUGUCAAAGCACCCAGGCUGGGACGCUACUGUGGGUCCGGGCCGCCAGAGGAGAUCUACUCAGCUGGUGAUGCCAUUGUCAUCAAAUUUCACUCGGAUGACACCAUCAACAAGAAAGGUUUCCAUGUUCGGUAUACAAGCACCAAGUUUCAGGACACCUUGCACACUAGUAAGUGAGUUCUUCAUGACGAAAGAGCUCAGGAGAACAUAGCAGCCAGGGGCCUCUGAUACCUCCUGUGCACCAAUGUUAGUGAUGCCACCAAGGGCCCCUUGUCCCCCACCCCCCACCCCCCAGACUGCAAUGAAGAAGACCUAGUGGUACCAGACACUUUCAAAAGGCUGAAGAGGGCAAGCUUGAUGGAAGGAUAUGGCAAUAUAGUUUGCCCUGUUGUACUUCAAAGGAUCCAAUGAAAUCUCUAUAGGAAAUGGAACAUCUGAGUGGCAGAUAUUAUCAGUAUGAAGAGCUUUGUUGACUCCAACCCAACAAGAAAGGAUGAAUUAGAUACAAAAUGUCCCUGAUGGACUUUGGCCUUCCAGAGAUCUCUUCAGUUCCUCUAAGGAUAGAAUCUAAGAGACUUUUAGAUGAUUAUUAUUCUAUUAUAAAAUUAAAUAAUAAAAUUCACAAAACAUAAUUCUUUAUUGCCACACAUCUAGGUUGGUGGUUUGGAAAUUUAUAAAAUAUCAUCCAGUGAUAAUUACAAGGAUUAUAUCUUUUGUAAAAAGCAAUUCUAGCACUAUUUCUUACAUGAGAGAUGUACAUGAUUAUUCAGACUGUUAGACUUAAAUUAUAUGACAUGGAAUUGUGUACCUGAUGCAAUGAACUGUAAGACAAAUUGUUAAUUCAACUAAUAAACAUCAUUUG